UAAACGGUCAUUACAAAGGCAUGCAUCGAGUACUGCCGAUGGACAGUGGUCUCCCCGACAUCCCUGCCUCCAGAGCUCCCAAUAUUCCAUGGACUCUUGUCGGUUGUAGCUACAUCACACUGUCUAUCAUUUGUUCGGUAUGGUACCUCUACGUGGUUCAACCCUCACUUUCCAACGACGUGUGGUGGGCCAACUACUCCAGUUCCAGAGACCAAGCGCUGGUCAUCGACAUCUUCAACGCCAUCCUCCCCUCACAAUCGUCUGGCGCACUUGACAUCUUUUCUCCACGAGCUACCAUCGGCAGACCAUACACCGCCGUUAUACCAAGCACAGCCGUCUAUUCCACCUAUCCCCGGCAGUUGGUCUUGACAGAGCUCACUUCUGUCGAAUAUGCCGUGCAAAACUUACGGUCUUUAGACGCCCCAAACAGCCUGUGGAUGGGAACUCAGUAUUGCUGGGUGGAUUUCCAGAAACGAUUCGAAAUCGCCCACACCGAAACACGUCAAACUCGCUGUCGGGAUCGGUACCGCUCCAACGGUGCAGUCUACAUGGAAUCAAUGCUGCGAAACCAAGUCUGGGACGAUUUUAUGAGUUUUUACGGGGCAGUCUUUGAGAUCGCCGUUCAAGAUUGGCUCGUCCAAAGUGAGGACGGUCGACGUUGGGUGGCAACCACGUCGUCCGCUCGACCCACAACGACUGCGGCCGAGGAAGUGGCGCUCUGGACUGAAAACGGCAUCACGUCGUUUACGCUGCAGUGGCAGAACGACUUUGUCAACGGCAUGUCGGACGCGAUUGUGCUGGUCAACGCCCUUGGCAUGCAGCAAGAACUAGUCCUGCGCAGUGUGUCGUAUGCUGAGGUGACGUGGACGUCUGUAAUCUUGUAUUGGACCAUCAUGAACGACAUGUACUACAUGUACUUGACCAAUCGAAGCCUCAUUCGGUCUGCCAACAACUCCUUCCUCCAACACCCCGAGGUAGUUAUGGACAGUAUGCCCACCAAUGUUGGCGAGUAUUUGACCCAAGUGGACGCGUUCCGGGCGUCCAUCGGCCCCUUCUUUUGUGUCGACGCGUUUGUCGUCCCCGUGCCGCCGACAGUCGUGGCCUUGUAUCGGCAAUUCGAGGACAUUGUUCUAGCCAUGGCGAGGCUGAACGUCGACAUUGACUUCGCAGCAGAUGCGAUCCAGGGCACGACUCUCUCCCCCACUCCCCCAUCGUGGACUCGCCAAGACCGAUUGUUUUACGGUGGAAACCCUCUCUGCCUGCGUGGCGCCCCUCAGGUGUACGUGCAAAACACGUUUGGUUUUCACGACUUGUGCGACAAACAGACCCCACUUUCUCUCGACUACAAUUUGCACGCCAGCCUUUUCGCCGUCCAGGCGACCAAACGGGUGCAAGUUGACGACAUUUGUGCGGUGGUCGCUGCUCCCGAAUCCUGCCGUCGGUUGUGUCAAUCGAUUCUUGAAGUCGAAAAGCACUUGCCCCCAGUCCCAGCCAGCUUCACUGCGUUGUUCGACGACGUAUUCCACCAAGUCACACUUCUCAACGUGGGGAUCAUGCAGUUUGCAUCAUCCGUGGACGGGUUCAACAUGACAAUCUUGUUCGAGCCGCUGCUGCAAGACCCUGCCUUUCAGUUCUUUGGGUGGUUCUUCAUCUACGAAUGGGUCUCUGGGAGGCGCGAAGUCGUUCGAUUUGACGGAGACGUGGCAUCGUUGACUCUGAUGUCGGUGGCAGAGUCGCCAGUGCAAUUUUUCAGCGGAGCAGAGUCUAUUGCGUCAGCGACACACGGCUUGUACUACGUCGUGGUCUACGUCACGGCGAUUUUAGCUACGAUUUGCACCGCAAGUCUCGUCUCGACGCUGGCCUUUGGGACUUCCAAGUUGCAAACUUCCGAGUUUUUGUGGUUCAAUCACGUUGUGGGGUCCGUGUGGAUCGGUCGCCCCUUGCUCCUGCUCCGUGGUGGCACCGCCAUCCUCGUUCUAAGCACGACCCAGCUCCACCUGGCCACGAUCAACGGCGUCCAUUCCCACUUUGAGUUUCGACCGAGACACUGGUUCAGCACGUGUGUGAUUGCUGGCGAAGCCACUUGGGCUCUGUACGUUGCGGUGGACUUUCUCACUGUGGUCACGUCUCACUUUACCAGGUCGUACGCCCCCCUGAGCUGCGUCAUUGCAUGGUCCGUGCUGGUCUUGGUGGAACUGACGGUGCCUGUGCUGCCCUGGGCCUGGAUCGAUCGUGUCUGCACUGGCCAAAACAUGGACCAAGCCAUCAAAUGUUCCAGUGGAGGGAUUCGAAUGGGGUCGUUCGAUCGGGUACGCCUAAUCUUAUUGAUUCAGAGCCUUUCGAUCUGUGCGGCCAUGGCCAUUUCCUUGGUAUACAAGACAGUGCUCGAACGGCGGCACCCCGUCCCUGCUAUUCGUUUCCAGCGGUACAUCCUUGGUGUAGCCGACAACUAUUUUCCUCUGGAGGUCUCAGAUCUGGACGACUUGGCCUCGCAGAACUUUGCGUCACAGCUCAUGGCCGGACUCAUCCCCUGGCGACGAGGAGGGCUGUUUGAUAUCAAGUUGUGGUUGCACGACACAAGCCAUUCACGAAUAGCUCGCAAAGCCACAAUUGCGAACUUUUCCCAACUCCAACCAUUGCCACGAAAGUGCGUGUCCGAACGAAUGCAGAAACGCCUAACACGAAUGGGCGAAUGGCUUGCGGUGCUUUACGCGUUUGGAGGCAUUGCUGGGAGUGUUUUAUACUUUCAGGUCGCCCAAGUGAACUUGGCCAACGAUCUGUAUUGGGCCACGUUCAACAUGUCUGGAAUGCAUGUGUUCAUGUCCAACUGGCUAAACGACGAGCUAUAUCUUGGCGUGCGCAAGACGGAGACUGCCAUGGACGUCGAGUAUAUCAAUCAAGAUGGAUCGUUUGACCAAGACAGCAGUCGUAUCAUGUCGCCCUCCAACUUUGGCCAAAUGCUACUCUACACGGAACUGAAUGCCAUCCAAGACGCGAUCGUGGGCCUUCGGGCGUCGGAUGCGUGUGAAGUGCCAUGGAUUUCCACGCAGUACUGCUUUGUGGACUUUGACCAGCGGUGGGAUUUGGCCAACACUGCAGCCAGACAGCAGCGCUGCCGACGAAUGACAUCAAAUGGGGCCGUGUUUCUCGAAUCCGUAUGGAGGAACAUUGACGGUCACGAGUUUGCACGGUGCUGGGGACAUGAGAUCGAUGCCGCAAUCGUGAACGACUUGAAGCAAUCGACAGCAGGUCAAGACUGGCUUAAUGAGGUGUUCGCCGACGAGAAACCAAGCGUGAGUACUGAAAUCGCGUUCUGGAAAACCCACGGAGUGAGUCACUUUACCACCCAGUGGCAAAACUACAAAACCAUCGGCCUUGUCAACAACUACGCCGUGACCAACGUGUAUGGCAUCUCGUACCCGUUCACGCUGCAAAACGAAUACUCGAGGUUUCGGUUCGAAAGCGAAACGACGUUUAAAAUGUACUGGGCGUUCGCGAGCGACUUGGCGGCCGUGUCCAACAAUGCCACUGCCAUUGCCGGACACAGCUUGAUCCGGUCGAGUUCGCUCUUUGCGUUUGCCAAUACAUCGAUGCAGUCGCUGCUGAUGGAGAAUGGCACGGUGUCGAGUCCGUUGCCCAACGCGUAUCGCUUGCUCCAGUCUGAGCUUGGCUCGUUCGGAUCGGUGGACGUGACCUACGUGCCGUGCCCGUCGAUCUUGAAAGGCGUCGCUCGUCAAGUCUUUACAACACUGAGGCAGUCCCUCGCGCAAAGCGACGCGGCACAAGUUGCGUAUUUCAACCUUCCCAGUGGUUUGAACCUCAUGAAUCCAGUGCCAAGGCAAUGGAUCGAUUUGAACUUCUAUUCCAUGAGCGGCAGCAUUUUGUGUCCGGAAGCCCAGCCGAAUCCGAUAUCAUACGGACUCUUCGGCCUCGUGGCAUGGCAUCGAGACUGUUCGUACACGCCGCUCUACGCCGAAGUGUCAUAUGACCGUCAAAACGUCCUCCUUGCCGUCGUAAUGUCCGAAUUGAUGCCCAAGGUGACGCCAGAAUUUCUGACUCGAAUUUGUCAACAUGACGGUGCUCAGAAUCCAGAAUGUCCCAACUUUAUUAUGUCCAACCUUGCGUUCGUCAGCUACUACAUACAUGCCACGUUGAACACGAGCAUUUCCAGCAUAGUGGCCCAGGCCACCGACGCAGUUGUGGCGUUGAACGUCGAAUUUGUACAGUAUGGCAGGCUGGACGAAGCAUCUCCUUUGACGCUGUACCGUUCCUUGGUAUUUGACCCUUCUGACGAAAGCUUCGAGUUCUUUUCGUGGGUGUUUCUGGUCGACUGGGUCGUGGGCUAUCGCGAAGUCGUUUCGUUUGAGGGCGAUGUUGGAACCAUGACAUUGUUAACGGAAUACCAGCCAUUUCUCAAAGACCAUGUCCACACGGCCCAAAUCCCAGUGAACUUAGCGUCGUACCUUCGAACUGUGGUACUGUAUGUGACUUCGACAAUGAUCUUCAUGGCGGUCCUCUUGCUCGUGUAUAUUGCGUUGAGCCAUGGACACGUGGACGUGAUGAACUUGUUCAAGUUGCAACGCGUGGGGGCCAUCGUGUGGGUCGGUCGGCCGCUGUUGUUUGUUCGAAGCCUCACUGCCAUCGGCGUACUCUCGACAGCAUCCCUCGAGCUGUACUACUCUGGCUACAUCACGUUUCUCAAAUCGGCUCAAGUUCCGUGGUACAUGACGAUCCUCGCCGCCAACGAAAUCACGUGGCUUGUGGCGAUUGUGAACGACAUGGCGCUGGUGCUGACGCAAGAAUACACGCCUCACUACGCCACGGGCAACACUAUGUUGGUCUGGCUGUUCACAGCCACCCUUUCAAUUGCCAUUCCAACAAGUCACGCCAUGGUAGUCGACAAGCAAUGUCAAGUGGCAGCAAUGGACUCGCUGGUCGUUUGUACGAGCGGCCACCUUGCCAUUGGACAACCGCUGCGCCUUGUGGGUAUGGUUGGUGCAGUGCUGACGUGCAACGCGUUGUGCUACUUUGCCGCCCGACACGUGAUGGACAAACCAGAGUCGACGCCGCUCAAGUCCGUGUUCUUGUACGCUGGGGCCAAGUACAUGUUCUCCACUGCCGAUUGGAUUGACGGCCACAUCUACUACAUGGAUCGCAUGUCCGCGGCCAUGAACGGCAUCCUGACCAUUCGACGGGGCACUGUCAUGUAUGGGCUGGACAUCAAACUAUGGCGAACGCUUCACGUGAAUCUAGCAGACACUAGUCCCCAUACAACCGCGGCCCACUUUGCACUUCCGCUGCACAUGUCCAACCGGUAUUCAGGGUAACAAUCCCACGCCCCAGCAAGUAGAAUCUGGACUGUACUUCCAAAUUUGUACGAGCUAGUAAAGUAACAGUGAUUAUUGUACUCCGUGUGGCUA